CAAAAAACCUCACUUUAAAUCUUAUCAUCAAAGUAGAAAAAAAGACUGAAGUUGAAAAACAAAGUGGCAAAGUUGACAACUUGACUUUAGAGUAAUUUGCUGUGAAGAUUUCUCUUGUGAAUUCCUUUUUGAGUAUAGCAGAAAACUAAAUUGAUACAAUGGAGGGUGGUCCUCACAAAGCCGCGAAGACGGAGUUUACAGAAUGUUGGAGGACUUCAUGGAAAACGCCUUACAUUAUGCGUCUUGCCUUUUCUGCUGGUAUAGGAGGGCUGCUGUUUGGUUAUGAUACUGGUGUGAUUUCUGGUGCAUUGCUUUAUAUUCGGGAUGACUUCAAAUCUGUUGAUAAGCAUACUUGGUUGCAAGAAACCAUAGUAAGCAUGGCUGUUGCAGGGGCGAUUUUCGGGGCAGGAUUUGGUGGUUGGUUGAAUGACAAGUAUGGUCGGAGAAAAUCGAUUCUUUUAGCAGAUAUCUUGUUCUUUAUUGGUGCGAUCGUAAUGGCACUUGCCCCAGUACCUUGGGUGAUAAUUAUUGGAAGAGUACUUGUCGGUUUAGGAGUUGGAAUGGCUUCUAUGACUUCACCUCUUUAUAUAUCAGAAGCUUCCCCGGCUCGGAUUAGAGGAGCUUUAGUUAGCACCAAUGGUCUGCUAAUUACGGGAGGACAGUUUCUAUCUUAUCUUAUCAACUUAGCAUUUACAAGGACCAAAGGAACUUGGCGAUGGAUGCUUGGCGUAGCUAGUGUUCCUGCUCUAAUUCAAUUUGUCCUAAUGCUGUCUCUGCCCGAGUCACCUAGAUGGUUGUAUAGAGCGGACAAGAAAGACGAAGCUAGGGCUAUCUUAGAGAAGAUUUAUCCUGCUCAUGAAGUCGAAGACGAGAUGAAAGCAUUGGAGGCUUCCAUUGAAGUAGAGAAGGCUGAUGAAGAGUUCCUUGGGGAGGGUAUGUUUUCAAAAGUCAAGAGUGCUUGGAGCAACAUUAUUGUUCGUCGGGGUCUCUAUGCUGGUAUUACGGUCCAGGUGGCACAGCAAUUUGUCGGAAUCAACACGGUCAUGUACUACAGUCCUACGAUUGUGCAACUGGCUGGAUUUGCUUCUAACAAGACAGCUAUAGCUCUCUCACUCAUAACGUCCGGUCUCAAUGCUGUGGGCUCCAUUAUUAGUAUGUGUUUUGUUGACAGAUAUGGGAGGAGGAGGUUGAUGAUUGUCUCCAUGUUUGGUAUCAUAACGUGCCUAGUGGUAUUGUCCGUGCUCUUCAUGCAAGCUUCUUCACACUCCCCACGAAUUAGUGCUUUCGAAUCCAAUCACUUUGGAUCAAAUUCCACAUGCUCGGCGUUUCUAAAUGCUCCAGGCGCUUCGUCCUGGAACUGUAUGAGUUGCUUGCAGGCUUCCUCAGAUUGUGCUUUCUGCUCUAAUGGAAACAACAAAUAUCAUCCCGGUGCAUGCUUGGCUCUAAAUGAUAACGUUAAAGGUUUAUGUCGAUCAGAAAAGCGUGAAUGGUUCACUAAAGGUUGUCCUAGCAAGUUCGGGUUCUUUGCAGUGAUGCUUCUCGGUAUGUACAUCAUAUCCUACUCUCCUGGAAUGGGAACAGCCCCGUGGAUUGUUAACUCUGAGAUAUACCCCUUAAGAUACAGAGGCAUUGGUGGUGGAAUCGCGGCUGUCUCCAAUUGGGUGUCUAAUCUUAUCGUCAGUGAGACGUUCUUGACGUUAACCGAGGCAAUUGGUUCAGCUGGUACAUUCCUUCUAUUUGCUGGAUUCUCAACAAUUGGUUUGAUAGCCAUAUAUUUUGUGGUGCCUGAAACUAAAGGCUUGCAAUUUGAGCAAGUUGAAAAAAUGCUUGAGAAAGGCUAUAAACCCAAAUUAUUUCGCAGGAAAAAGGACGAAAAAGCCGAUACGAGCUAAGUUUAAUUUAGUCCAUAAUCUUAAUUAGCGUGACGUUUAUUACUGGUAAUUUGUUUCCAAUUAUUAGAUUAUGGUGAAAAAAAUAAGCUUAAGUGAAAAUCUCUGAUUGUUUAGUUGAUGUUUUAUAUAUAGUGUAAGAUUAUCAGA